AUGUCGUCAGACACCCACCGAUUCGAACUGUUCUGUCGGCGCCCUGCUUCUCUACGACUCGUUGCUGGCGUGGCUGAGCGCAUCCUUUCAAGAGUCCUGCCCAUCAGCAGCGACAUAUGGAACCUCUCCUCAGAUUUGGCAGUCUUCCUACGCCAUCUGCUGCUACGGGCUGAUAUCAGUCGUGCGGUACUCUGCGGUAGUCUCAUCUACCUGGAGCGUGGCCUCCAGCGAUCACAGAACUCUCCAAUGACGGAGGCGGAUCGGCAUUUACGCGUCCUGUCGGCCAUCAUUCUCGCUCGAAAAUAUCUAGAGGAUUUCACAUACAGAACGCCAUUCUGGACCGGCCUUGCGGCCGAAGCAUGCUCAUUUCAUUUUGCAACCGGUGAUAUCAAUGUCGCGGAAAGCAGACUUCUGGCAGAUAUAGCUUGGGACUUGAGCAUGGAUAGCCAAGAGAUGCACAGAAUGGUAAAGCUCAUCCGUGGUUCGAACACCAUCCCAGCGCUAUGUAGCCACGGGCCCAUCUCUAGCCAAUUCUAG